AAGCAAAGAUGAAACACUUGGUCCAGCCAUCAGUGAAGAAAUCUCCAAACGCUGGGGUAGGAUUAUCGUCGAGGGAAUGACAAAAGAAGCAAAAGAGGCCAUUUUGCAGAAAAUUCCAAUACCCGAAAACUUUAAACUAGCGAAAGCUCCUAAGCUUAAUCAAGAAAUAUCUGCUGUUCUUAGUGACACCGUCCGGAAUAGGGACAAGCUUUUAGAAAAAGCUCAAAAUUAUCUUGGACUCGGAAUAGCGGGUUUAACAACCUUGGCUACAGAUAUUAUCUCGACAGAUUUAGAUAAAGUCAGUAUCCUAAAAAAACUGUCGGAAGUUAGUCAGAUACUGCUCGAUCUCCACUAUGAGGACACCAAAACUAGAAGAAAGCUAGUUACUACAUCACUUGAUAAAAAAUUCUAUGGCAUGGUUGCAGAUGUGAAAAGAGACGAGUUUUUAUUCGGUACUGCCUUAGGUGAUAAAAUUAAAGCAGCUAAGGCCGCUGAAAGAUCAGGGUUUCAGAUUAAGCGAGUGGAUAAUCAUCCUCGCCCUACUAAUGGCCCCCAGGGAAACUGGCGAGGCCCACCCCGGAACCAAGCACCAGCAAAGGCACCCAGACAGGGUGGGCCAAAGAACCGUUACCAACCAUAUCAACCACAUCAAUCACAGACGUCACGCAGACAGCCAACAUCAGCGCGAGCAGCUCCCGCAGCGAAAGCGAACUCACGCACUCGCAGGACCUAAAUAAGGACCCCUCACCCAUUAUGGCAACAACUUACCCUGGUGUCGUCAGUAUUAUCAAGCGUGCAUUCUCAAGACAAUCAUUAUCCACAAGAACCUCGGAAAUAAUGAUAUCAUCUUUAGCUCCGAGUUCACUCAAACAGUAUAACUGCGCCUACAAAAAGUGGUGGAAAUUUUGUAAAGACCACAAAUUAGACUUGUUUUGCAGUAACAUACCAAAAAUUCUAGAAUUUUUCACUGAACUAUAUGAUUCCGGCUCGAAUUAUUCCACCUUAAAUACCACACGCUCUGCUCUCGCUGUCAUCCUGGGCAAACAGUUCUCACAAGAUGACAGGAUACUGCGAUUUAUUAAAGGAGUAUACAGAACAAAACCAUGUUUUCCCAAAUACGAAUCAACCUGGGACCCGAACAUAGUUUUGAACCACCUUUCACAAUUCUUUCCUAAUGAAAGGCAAAACCUCGAAAUUCUUACAAAAAAAUUGGUAACUCUGCUCUCAUUGUCAACAGCACAACGGACCCAGACGUUAUCAUUAAUUGAACUAUCAAACGUCAGAACGUUAGAAUCAAAAAUAGAAAUUUUGAUCGAUAACCUAACCAAGACCUCUGCACCAAACCGUACAAUUCACCCACUCGUCAUACCCUUUUUUCAACAAAGACCCGAAAUAUGCCCGGGAUCAACUAUAGUGGCUUACAUAAACGCCACUAAAGAAUAUAGGGAACUUACGCAUACUAAUAAGUUGAUCUUGACAAUUAAAAAACCUUACCACAACGCCAGCUCAUCGACCAUAGGUCGAUGGAUUAAAAAUGUCCUCUCAGAUAGCGGCGUGGAUACCAGUAUAUUUGGCGCGCAUAGUACGCGACAUGCAUCCACGUCCGCCGCUAGUCGAAAAGGCGCUUCAAUUGACAGCAUAAAACGAGCUGCGGGGUGGACGGGUAAUUCAUUGAUUUUCGCCAAAUUUUAUAAUCGCCCUAUAGCGACAGAUUCUGCCACUGAUUUUGCCAAUGUGGUAUUUAAUUAA